GCACAAGGUUUGCCCGCACCGCACCGACGAGUGCCAAAAACGCAAGGUGCAACGGCAGAGCCGAGCAUAAGAGAGUCAGAGUUGUUGCUAGAAGACCCGGAUAUGGCAACCACAACUGUACAGCACAUUCGUGAUGGAUCUGAUCCAGCCUUUGGUAAAGCGUUGUACGAACGCUUGGUCAAAUUGGAAAGGGAACAGUACGAAACGGUGGUAACCUUGCAAACAAUAACCGGGAAGGACCCCACGCGUAAGAAGCUGGACUCAGGCACUCCAAGUUCAACGGAACAAAUUAAAACAGACGACACGGAUGAAAUGAGGGACGUGGAAAAUGUAACAAAUAUCCUGUCCGUCAGCGAGUAA